GUAUCCAUUCGGCAAAAGAAAAGGCCAACGUCCACCCGACCCCUCUCCCUCAUCAACACGCCUAAGAAAAAAACCACUCUCUCUCUCUCUCUCUCUCACACACACACACACACACACACUGCUUUUUCUUGAUUGUUUCCUCAAACUCGUCAACAGGGAAAACCCAAUUCCGAUUUUACUUGGUCUUCCAUAUCUUCAACUUGGAAGCCCUAUCUUCAAUUACACGGAAGAUCGCUAGAGCUUGGUUUUGCGAUUCGAAUCGACAACAUGUUUAGUCGGAUUUUCGGCAAGCCCAAGCAAGAGACCAAUGCUCUUACCACGUUAGACAAGUUAAAUGAGACACUUGAAAUGCUUGAGAAAAAGGAGAAAGUGCUCCUGAAGAAGGCUGCUGGAGAAGUUGAAAAGGCCAAGGAAUUUACCAGAGCAAAGAACAAGAGGGCGGCCAUACAAUGUUUGAAGAGGAAGAGGCUUUACGAACAACAAAUUGAGCAGCUAGGAAAUUUCCAAUUACGUAUCCACGACCAGAUGAUAAUGUUAGAAGGUGCAAAAGCUACAACAGAGACUGUGGAUGCUCUGAGAACUGGAGCAGCUGCAAUGAAGGCCAUGCAAAAAGCGACCAACAUUGAUGAUGUGGACAAGACAAUGGAUGAAAUAAAUGAGCAGACUGAGAACAUGAAACAGAUCCAAGAAGCAUUGGCUACACCAAUUGGCUCAGCAGCCGAUUUUGACGAGGAUGAGUUGGAAGCAGAGCUUGAAGAAUUGGAAAGUGCUGAGUUGGAGGAACAACUUCUUCAACCCGCCACAACCGCCCCUGCAGCACCAGUGCAAGUGCCAGGUGGAAGGCUACCAGCUCGUGCUGCUCCUCAAAAGCAGCGUACAGCCGAGGAGGAUGAGCUUGCAGCAUUACAGGCAGAAAUGGCACUUUGAGCAGGUUGUUUGUUGUUCCUCUUUACCUGUAAUUUGAUUGAUCAUGUAAUUUGAUUGAUCAUGGUACCAAAUGUUGGCAUCCAAGCUUUAUAAGCCAAUGGCAUUCACUUGACUGAUUCAUUUUGGAAUCUCUCCGGCGAAAGACAUGGACUCCGAUUGUGUUGUGUAUAUUCGAGGCCAUUAACUUCAAAUGCAUUGGGCUCAAAGAACUUCUCUCCAGUUGUUAAUGUUGUAUUAAAUUCCCGUUUGACCAAAAAAAAAUGUUGUAUUGAAAUAAAGUGAGUUUGUUAUUGUAUCGAAA